CUCCGAACGCACUCCGCUCGCGUCGUGUGCCCGACGACGUCAUCGCCGUCCUCGUCCCGGUGACGUCCGUCCGCCCAGGACGACGCGAUCGUGAUAGUGCUGCUCCCCCCGUGUGGGGCCGAUGGGCGCGUAGCGUGCCGUGCCGCGUCUCACGGAAACAGUCUUUCGCCGCCGAAAGGUCCCGUGACAGACGCUCCGGCCGCCGAGGCCCCGUCGAGGCCCGCCGUGGGCGCGUCGAGUGGUGGCCCUGCCUGGCUGUGCCGACGAGCGCCAUGAGUGACGAUGUGACAACGUGACGCCGCCAUGGGCAUGCUGAGCGGAACCAGGUCCCCCUGCAGGGACAGGGAGACGCCGGCCUACGAGGUCAAGUUGGAGCGCGUGCUCGGCCUGACCGUCUCCAGCAAUGCGGCUCUGGACUGCGACCCCAACUCGGAGCUGAUCGCCUACCCCGCAGGAUGCACCGUGGUGCUGUUCAACCCCCGCAAGAACCGGCAGUGCCACGUGCUGAACGCGCCGCGCAAGACCAUCACGUGCGUGGCGUUCAGCGCGGACGGGCGCUACCUCGCCACCGGGGAGUGCGGCCACUCGCCCAGCGUGCGCGUGUGGGACCUCAACGACCUGCACGGCCAGGGCGCGCAGCAGGUCGCCGAGUUCCCCGGCCACAAGUACGGCAUCAACUGCGUCGCGUUUUCCCCCAGCCACAAAUAUGUGGUCUCCGUAGGUUCCCAACAUGACAUGAUAGUCAAUGUCUGGGAUUGGAGAGCAAACAUUAAGGUUGCGUCCAACAAAGUGUCCAGCAAAGUGAAGGCUGUGUCUUUCGCUGAGAAUGGCAAUUACUUUGUCACCGUCGGAAACCGUCAUGUUAAGUUCUGGUAUUUGGAGUAUUCCAGAGCUGCGAAGUACAAAGAACCUGUUCCACUUAUGGGCCGGUCAGCCAUUUUAGGAGAGCAGCGAAACAAUUAUUUCUGUGAUGUAGCCUGUGGCAGGGGAGAGUCAGGCGACUCUACAUAUGCCAUUACAAAGUCUGGGCUUCUCUGUGAAUUUAACAACAGAAGACUUCUUGACAAAUGGGUGGAGCUUAGAACAACUAGUGCCAAUUGCAUGUCUGUAGGAGAACACCAUAUCUUCAUUGGAUGUGCAGAUGGCAUAGUACGAUGCUUCAGCCCUUUAACUUUACAAUUUAUAACCACUCUUCCUCGUACUCACUACUUAGGUGUAGAUGUGGCCCAAGGUCUUAAUAUCAGUCACAUGGCCUCACAUCCUAAUAAUGCCAAAUACCCUGAUGCUAUUGCUCUAGCAUAUGACAGUCAAAACCAUAAACUCACUUGUGUUUAUAAUGACCAUAGUCUUUAUGUAUGGGAUGUCAGGGACAUAAAAAGAGUUGGAAAAUCUCAUUCCUUCUUAUACCAUUCUGCAUGCAUUUGGGGAGUUGAAAUGUAUCCAGUGGGAGUUGAUGAAGGUAUGCCUCCUGGCUCCUUUGUCACAUGUUCUAGUGAUGACACAAUUCGUGUCUGGAAUUUGGACCCCAACAUUGACACAACCCAGGAUCCAACAUAUCGGCGCAACAUUUACAGUAAUGAACUUCUAAAAGUGCAGUAUGUUGACCCAGAAUUGACGUAUCUCAAAGACUUGGACUUAUCAACCGCUGAAAAGACAGACAGUUCAUAUGAUGGACGAAAUGGGGUUAGAUCCAUUAGAAUUAGCCCAGAUGGUAAACAUCUGGCCUCUGGUGAUAGAGCAGGAAAUAUCAGGAUUAAUGAAGUCCGUGGUCUGCAGGAAGUGUGCAGAAUUGAAGCUCAUGAUGCUGAAGUAUUAUGUCUUGAAUAUACUCGUCAAGAUAGUGGACACAAACUUUUAGCAUCAGCAUCUAGAGAUAGGUUAAUACAUGUGUUCAGCGUGGAAGAGGACUACAAUUUUGUUCAAACAUUGGAUGAUCAUUCAUCAUCCAUCACAGCAGUCAGGUUUCUGAAUUCUCAUCAACAACUGCAAAUGGUUUCGUGUGGGGCUGACAAGUCAAUCAUAUUCCGCCAACUGUCAGGGUCUCCUGGUGGUAAUAACAUACAAUUUGCUCGUGGACAUAAUGCUGCUGGAAAGACAACAUUAUAUGACAUGGAAGUGGAUUGUGGACAAAAGUACAUUUUAACGGCUUGCCAAGAUAGAAAUAUUCGUGUUUACAAUGUUGCUAAUGGAAAACAUUCCAAAACUUUUAAGGGUUCAGUUGGAGAAGAUGGAUCUUUAAUAAAGGUUGUCUUGGAUCCCAGUGGUAUUUUUGUAGCUACAUCAUGUACUGAUAAAACUUUAUGUGUCUACGACUAUUACUCCGGCGAGUGCAUGGCAACUAUGUUAGGACAUUCAGAACUAGUAACAGGACUGAGAUUUACGAAUGACUGCAAGCGCCUUGUGUCUGCCUCGGGAGAUGGCUGUAUUUUUGUUUGGAAAGUUCCCCAUGAUAUGGUGGUCACUAUGCAUGCGAGACUCGCUCAGCAGGCUGCUCGAGCUGGAAGGCGUAACAAUAAAUUAGUCAAUGGAAUUCAGGUUGAUAAUGAUGGCUUUGGCCCUCCUCCACCAGAAAUGCUGGACCCCAAUGCAAAUAGUGUGGAUCAUGCUGACUACAGAUUUAGUGUUGGUCAGCUGCCUUUGUGGGCUAAGAAGCAAAUUAAAGAUGAUUUAGGGGAUGCAGCUCAUACAAACCUGACCAAUAAUAGACCAAUAGAGCCUCCUAAAGGCCGGUGGGCUCAGCGUUUGGAUGCAACUGGGAUAACAGUCAAAUCAGUCUAUGACAGUGAUUCUGUUAUUCCAUUUCCACUUCAAGAAAAGAGAGUUGACUCAGAUGGUUCCAAGGACAGUUCUAUUGAUAGUGGAACAGAAAUUCGUCAUUACUCAGAUUUCAGACGAGAAACAAUGUUAAUAAACAAACAAUUCAAUCAGGGAGACGAGUUUCUUCCUUGCCCAGAGAGCAUGCAUGAACUCAUGAAUGGCGAAGAGUCAAAGCAGGUCAGUAUGGGGAAAGUUACCAUGUCAAGAGGCAAUGACCUCACAGAUCUUCAUAGAAAUAGACACCAUACAGAUGACAGUAGCAUAGGCAGUUACAAAUAUGAGGAUAUGGAGAGCACUGAGCAUGAUGGUGAUGUAGAGGAUUAUUCUGAAGGUGAGGGUGAAUCCACAGAGCCUGAACAUUCCCAAAGACUUAUUUAUUACCCAGCCACAGAAGAGACAAGUGUAUAUACUGUAAAUGCAAUGGAUGUAGAAGAACUUCGACGCUCUCAAAGGCGAUUGCGUAAAAACCAAAGGCCAGAACGCCUGUCAGACUUACCUUUAGUUUCACCAUCUGGAGUUUCUGGCAGUCAGGACAGUGAGGAUGAUGAUGAAGAAGUUUCAACUCCUAGUGCUGAUACAGCUGAACGCAACCUCAUGUCAAUGCUCUCUGUUAGCUCUGAAAGUCUUGACAUUGUAGGGCAACGUGAAAAAUAUUUGAAAAAUACCUUUGAUUCCCUCAGUGGUGCAGAGCAAGACAAGGACCUAUAUUCAGGCAAAAAGAGCAUAUCCUCACAAUACCAUGGCCGUAUAACCACUACCCCUCGGAAUACUGCUGUGAUCAAUGCUGCAUGGCAAUCUCGCACAGAACCUGAAACAUCAAGAAAGCGGGAAGAACUUAAAAAACGCAUUGAAGAGACACGGCGGAAAUUACAAAGUGUUGGGUAUCGCUCUAACCUGAAGAGUAGCCAGAGCAUUCAAGACCUAAGCCGCUAUCCAGAGAAGGAAAGAAGGAAUGGAGGUCCUCAUCGUUUGCUCCGUCCCCCAGGAAUAGCUACUAUUUAUCAGUACACUCCAGUGCUUCCAGCUGUGGACAGUGAUGAUGGAUGUACUGAGCCCGGAGGUGCUAUUCGCCGUGCCUGUUCCCUCAGCGAUCUUGCCAAUCCCACCCCACGAAGAACACCUGUUCAAGUUUCAGGGAAAGUAUCAAACCAUAAAAGCAAUCCAUCAAGCCGUACACUUCCUCGCCCAGGAUUCAAAACUGGAUCAGCCAUGACACGAAGCAGUUCUGUGGGAGUUUUGAAUCAAAGCGACUCUGAAAGUGAUCUUAGUCUGAACCAUCAUCCAACACCAACUGCCCGUGUCAAUGGACUGAUGCGUCCUACUAUAUCAUCUCAAAAUAAAAUGGCUGGUGGUAUUGGAGGAAAGGGGAGGCUAGCAGUCAAGCGUGGUCUGUCUGGAGCAUUUUCAAGUAUGAACUUGAGCCAAGUAGGUAACAAUGAAGAUUCAAGUUCUGAGGAAACUGCAUCAGUAGGAAAACCACGACAGAGGAGCUCAAGCAUUGAUAGAUCUUCAGGAGCACCAACGAGCCUCCCACCCGGUGGACAUAGUGCCAUACCCCAUCGAAGGACUGUCACUUCAGUGCAGCCUCUCAACCGUUACAGUGGCGACCGUGAUAUAGUGGCACCAAUCCCACCUCCUCGUCCUACUCGCCUUAGAGCAAAUAAUAGUGCUAAUUUAUCUCAUCAAUUGGACCCGUCUCCUCAAGAGUUGCCAGUGAAGGAUACCGAUAACGGUGUUGAUCUUGCUAGUGCUCCAUUGUCCCAUGAGCUUAUUUCGUCGAUCACUGAUCAAUUAAUGCGCACAGCGGACACAGUAGUGCAGCUUCACAAAAGACUUGCAAUGGAAAGCACUGAACGUAGCAGCCAAGAUCCCCUACUCCAAGGCCUUGAAGGAGCUGUUGGGGAGGCUCAACGUACUCUGAGACUCAUAGCUGGUGGAACAUCAUCAUUACCAGCUACCAAUGGAUUGCCUGUUGCCAAUGGAUCAUCUUCAGAUCCUGCUCUAGCAAGCAAACUACAAGACUUGGUUGCAACGGGUGGAAGUGGCAGUGCAGUCACCAUGAUGCAACAGUACUCAGACUUGCUGCUGUCUUUAGUUCAGCAGCGUGUUUCAGCACCUACAUCAGCAAAUCCUGGACAGUCUCCCACCUCACCAACACCAGCAGAAGCCCCAGCACAGCCUGCUACUGACUGAAAUUGGUGCCAUUGAUGUAUGUUUAACUGUGUUGUAUUUAUCUGUGGAGAGUGAAAGCUAGCUGUCAUUUAAUUCGACAUGAGAGCUGUCACAGUGUUGUACCGUGAGAAACUGUUCUUAUAUUUCGUGCAAUUAUUCCUAUGAUUAUUGCUUUUUUUUCAAUUCAACUUGUGUGGAAAUGAUUGCAUUGCACAGAAAGUGAUGAUGAAGGCCUUGUGAUACUUAUGAACAGCGUCUCGCUGGCGAGGCAUGUUGCUACACGAUUUUUCCCAGAAAGUGCCUCCUUUUAAGUGUUUGAUUUCUGAGAAAUCAAAGUGUUUUUUGUUCUUUGUUUAUGUGUUGUAACACCUUAUCAAAUUUUUAUAUCUAUCUGGAAUGUAAUGGGUGUCAUAGUAUGCACUUGUUGGGUCUAUGUGAUACCAACUGGGCUCAAGACGUGUUCCGUCAUUCUAGUGGCUGAGUGGUUGUUUGUUUUAAAAUAACACUCUUCUCUUCCUAUGGCCAAAUUCUUGUGUCAGUUUAACUGAGCUAAAAAGGAUUGAGGUUGAAAUUCUGGAUGUUAGCCUAAUCAUUGGUCCAGAAAUUUUUCCUUGUCUUUUUGGGAUAUUGACUUUACUGUUAAAGGAAUAGUUGUCCAUCAAUUCCUUAACUACUAAGAAAUUAUUGUAAUCACUUUUGGAUUUUUUAAAAUUCCAAUCAAUACUUAGUGGUAACAUUUGUAACACCCUAAUCUUGUAAAAGUAUUUCUGAGUACUGAUACCGUGAAAGUCAUUUAUUGUUCUUUGUUUUCUGUUUUGAGAUUUUUGUCUCUCAAUGUUAAGUUCUGUUUUUAGCUUUAAAUUUCGUCUUUGUUAUGUUGCUUCAGGCUCAGUCAGUUAGCUUAGUGUAGCUCAACCAGAAUUCAUUUACAAACAUUGGUUGUUCUUUGUCAUGUCUGUGACAAGACCAACCCUCCAUUAAGUUGGAACUUUUGAAUCCUCUUACUGAAUUUCACUAACAUUAAGCAACCAAACUUAAAGUCCUCCUUUUCACCAUCUAUAAUUUUUUUAAGUCUCCAUGUGAACUGAUACUGGAUCAAAAGAGGAAAAUAAAAAUCUUCACCAAAGUUAGCAGAGCUCUGAAUGAAAUUUGAGAAUGUUUUCUUUUAAAUAAUAAAAGAAAGAAACUACUCAAGUGUUUAAAUUUUUUUAGUUAUGAUUUGUGUGUUUCAAAUUGUUGCAUGUGUAAGCAUGUUGUUACUUGACAUGAGUAAACAACAUGUAAACUGCGGUGUUGCAAGCAAUUUGUGCAUGAUUUGUGUGAUUCUUAUUGCCAAUAGCCAUGAACGGUUGCCAAGUAAUUUUUUAAAACAAUGUGUAUAUAUUGUAUGAGCUAAGAAUAAAAUGCUCCAGUGUGAGGAGGUUCACUUUCUCCUAAAUGA